CAAGCAGAAACCAAACUCCACUGUUCUCUGUAUGUGGCACAUUGCUCUACUUUAGACUGGGGCAAAGGCUGUAACUAAAUUGAUAUACGUAUUUCCCCUGACAAGUAAACUUACUAAAAAGCAAGUGGAAGAGCCUCAAAGAUGCCUUCAUUCGUCAUCGGCGCAAAGAGAAGGAACAGAGGAGCGGAGCUUCGCCAAGUGCACGAUCCAGCUAUGUCCAUGCGGAGGAAAUGGCCUUUCUAAUACCAUGCACUGGAAUGGGUAGCACCGAUAGUAUGUGGUCGAAAAGUCAACAGCAGGAGGAGGAAGAGGAGGAGGUCACCAGGGACAGUGAGACCUGUGCGUCUAUGGGGCCACUAAGUCCUCCUCCACCCGAUCCCACCCCUCCAUUCCAAACCCCCACACAGCCUGCCCCACCUGUCGUGGAAACCGAAAACAUUCGGACUCACCGUCCAAAAAGGAAAAGAACAGAUCGCCAGGAGGACCGGCUAAUUGCAUGCCUGGAUGCACUUGCCCAUCCAGCACCCAAACUCACUAGUGAUGCCCUUUUCUUACUAAGUUUGGAGGAAAAAAUGCUGCAAGUUCCCAGAAGUCGCAUAACUGAAGCGAGGGAUACCAUAACAAGGACCCUAGACAGCUUCAUUCUACAUUAUGACAUCACACAGCCCAACAAUGCACCACAACAUCCACCACAACAUCCACCACCACAUCCAUCACAACAUCCACCAACCACUCACACAUACACAUCACAAACAUACCCACAAACUAACAUACCACACCCUCACGACACAUGGCACACACAACCACAAUCAUCAUACAGCUAUCCCUCCACCAGCAUGGGCAACAACACCUCCACUCAAAUGCAACCCGGCCAGCAAUCAGGCGGAAUGAGAGAGGCCAUGCGGGAUACCGAGCCACAUUUUGCAUUCCCACAAUACCAAAACCUUUGAGAAAUAUCAUACAUAAUUUGGUGCAUCAGGGGUGUUUGACCUUCAUUGUUAAUAUCUGAAAAUUACCUAAUAAUUUAAAGUUAAAAAGUACGAUACUUAUGUUGAUUGUGUUAAACACAGUUUGCGCAUUUUUGGAGGAACUGUAAGAUGUUAUUACUUUUCAAAAAUAAAAACAUUUGCAAACUU